CGUCCCCUGGGACAGUCAGCGUCGGGGGUCGGGUGUCCGCUUCUGUCUGCGGGGCGGCCGCGGAGAGGGGGGAGUGAAUGAAGUAAUGGAGGCGACGAAUCAGGAAGUGAUCACCUUGGAGAGUAACCUGCCUUGGAUCCGGGCUGUCGCUCCGGGGCGGCACGGCGGCGGCGGUGGGUGCCGGGCGCGGAGCCGCGGCUAAGUUGGGGAGUCAGGGCGGGCGAGUUGCGCGCUUCACCCCAGUUGCCGAGGAACCAGGAAGUGAGCGGGGCUGUUGUCCCCACCGCCUGCCACGCUGUCGGGCCAGAGAGGCCGCCCCUGCCCGCGGCCGGGGGCGCUGGCCGCCCGCCGCCCUCGCACCACACUUCCACACAGCCGCUACUUCCGCAUGGACGACGCGGCCCCGGGCGCUGCCCGCGGACGCUACCCGCCAAAACGCGCCCCGGCCUCCUGCUUCUUCCCACACACGGAGCAGCGCAGGAGUAACGGUCCUGGGACACUUACCCGCUCUGAGGCGGCGGUACACGGGCCCGGCACCUCCCCUGCCCCGGCUAACGGCGGCUGCGGGGACACUAGGCUGCUGCCCUUCCCUCGUGAGUGGAAGCAUCAGUUCAUAGCAGUAAUACACCCUGUACUGAUAAAACAAUUGAAGCUGCUGAAGCCCUGCUGCAUAUGGAAUCUCCUACCUGCUUGAGGGAUUCAAGAAGUCCUGUGGAAGUGUUUGUCCCUCCUUGUGUAUCAACUCCAGAGUUUAUCCAUGCUGCUAUGAGGCCAGAUGUCAUUACAGAGACUGUAGUGGAGGUGUCGACUGAAGAAUCUGAACCUAUGGAUGCCUCUCCUAUCCCUACAUCACCAGACAGCCACGAACCAAUGAAAAAGAAAAAAGUUGGCCGUAAACCAAAGACCCAGCAGUCACCAAUUUCCAAUGGGUCUCCUGAGUUAGGAAUCAAGAAGAAACCCAGAGAAGGAAAAGGAAACACAACCUAUCUGUGGGAGUUUCUUUUAGAUCUACUUCAAGAUAAAAAUACUUGUCCCAGGUAUAUUAAGUGGACUCAGAGAGAAAAGGGCAUAUUCAAACUUGUGGAUUCAAAGGCUGUCUCAAAACUUUGGGGGAAGCAUAAGAACAAACCAGACAUGAACUAUGAAACUAUGGGACGAGCUUUGAGAUACUACUACCAAAGGGGAAUUCUUGCAAAGGUUGAAGGACAGAGGCUUGUCUAUCAGUUCAAAGAUAUGCCCAAAAAUAUAGUGGUCAUAGAUGAUGACAAAAGUGAAACCUGCAGUGAAGACUUGGCCACAGCUGCUGAUGAAAAGUCAUUAGAACGCGUGUCACUGUCUACAGAAAGUCUCCUGAAAGCAGCGACUUCCGUUCGGGGUGGAAAAAACUCAUCUCCUAUAAACUGCUCCAGAGCAGAGAAAGGUGUGGCUAGAGUUGUGAAUAUCACUUCCCCUGGUCAUGAUGCUUCAUCUAGGUCUCCUACUACCACAGCAUCUGUAUCAGCAACAGCAGCUCCAAGGACAGUUCGUGUGGCAAUGCAAGUUCCUGUUGUAAUGACAUCAUUGGGUCAGAAGAUUUCAACUGUGGCAGUUCAGUCAGUCAAUGCAGGAGCACCAUUAAUAACCAGCACUAGUCCAACAACAGCGACCUCCCCAAAGGUAGUCAUUCAGACAAUCCCUACUGUGAUGCCAGCCUCUGCUGAAAACGGAGACAAAAUCACCAUGCAGCCUGCCAAAAUUAUCACCAUCCCUGCUACACAACUUGCACAGUGUCAACUGCAGACAAAGUCAAACCUUACUGGAUCAGGAAGCAUUAACAUUGUUGGAACUCCAUUGGCUGUGAGAGCACUUACCCCUGUUUCAAUAGCCCAUGGUACACCUGUAAUGAGACUAUCAGUGCCUGCUCAACAGGCUUCUGGACAGACUCCUCCUCGAGUUAUCAGUGCAGUCAUAAAAGGGCCAGAGGUUAAAUCGGAAGCAGUGGCAAAAAAGCAGGAACAUGAUGUGAAAACUUUGCAGCUGGUAGAAGAAAAAGCGGCAGAUGGAAACAAAACAGUGACCCAUGUGGUGGUUGUCAGUGCGCCUUCUGCUAUCGCUCUUCCUGUAACUAUGAAAACCGAAGGACUAGUGACGUGCGAAAAGUAAACAGCAGCUCCACCGUGGACCUCAGACUAUUAGUGUAGUACUGGCAUAAAUAUUUGCAAGGGAAGUCAUCAAGAAGUCAGAGGAAGACUUUAAAACAUUUUAAUGUGUAUAAGAAAAUGAUCAGACUUACUGGAAAUAAAUUACCUAUCCCAUGUUUCAGUGGGAAAUGAACUACACAUUGAGAUGCUGACAGAAAACUGCCUCUUACAGUAGGAAUAACAGAACCAUCAGUAAGAAAAAGGAUUGAAAGGGACCAAGCAGCUCACUACAAUAUCAAGUUACACUAAGAGUUGGAACACUAACACUUGUAAGAGGUUACAUAGUUUUCAGUGGGGAGGGGUUGGGGCGGGUGAUCUCAUUGUUACAUAUAGCAAUUUUUGAUGCAUUUUAUAUGCAUACCAGCAAUUAUUACUGUGUUUGCACAGUACUCACUUAACUGGUGCUAUGUGAAGACUCUGCUAAUUUAGAUAUUCUAGAAUGUGAACUGAAUGGAUCCAAAAGCUUCAGAAAGAGGGUAGCAAAGAAAGAUCUAGUGCGAAUUUUUUUUAUAUCAUAUAGCUUAAGCUGAUUUAAAACAAAGGCCUUAGACUAAUUUUCGGUUUUCUUUCUUGAAAUAAGCUAAUGGCUUGUUUGUGUAAAGCUUUUUUAUUAAAAGAAAAAUUUAAAAAUCUUGUACCUAGCACAGUAUUGUUAUAGAAUUUACAUGUAACAUUUUAUAUGGUAGUUUAAGUCUGUCAGUUUCUUAAUUGUGGACAAAUUAACAGCUGGCUCUGGCCUUUUGCCGUAACAUGCCUAUGUUUCUCACUUAGCCCUGGUACCUGUGCAGACACAUUGGUUUCAGUUCUACUGUCAUUUGGAAAUUCAGGCUCAGCAUGAAUUUGUCAGGUAGCUCUAGUACCUGGUGUUUGUUUUCGUUCUCAUUCUUUUUUCUUUCCUUUUAUCUCUUUUCUCUUGCUCCUUUUCUUUUUUUAGUUGAAGUUUAAGAGGGAAAGUACCAGUGUUCAGAUUUGAACUAUAAUAGUUUGUAUAUUCAACAUUUGAAGUAUAUUCUAUUUUGUUGUACUCUUGUUUCAAAGUGUAUUCAAGUAGGUUUUCUGAAAUAUAGAAAUGAAAUUUA